AUGCCCGCCUCGAGCAACUUGACCCCUCGUCCCUUCCCUCCGACCGAGAACGCCUGGCUCACCCAGCAUGGUUGCGCAACCACGUCGCCUAUCAAUCCAGUGUUUGGCGGGGGCGUUGACAGUCUUGUGCCGACCGAGACGGAAGCAGGUCGUGCCCUCGAGUCGCCCGUCGCCUUUUACCACCCCCCUAUCGAGUCGCCCCUCACGCCCUCAUCUCACAACACUUGGCCGCCAUCCCGUGCCUUUGUCGGCAACUACUUUCCCAUUCCAGUCGACAGCCUCCCCACCACCAAGCCGUUCUCGCUCGACACGCCCCGGUUCUCGGACGCUCAGAUCGGAGUCCCCACGGCCUACAAUGCGGAGUACCCUCACCCAUUAACGGCGUACGCCUCUCCUGCCGUCAACCAGGCUACUGUCUCCAGUUCGCGGUACGACAUCCUCCUUGACGAGCUCCUCGCCACCGAUCCAGACGCGGCUACGGGCUCCACUAUUGCCAACUCUGGCAAAGAGGGCAUCGGCCCCCCUGCACUCAGCCUUCACCCGGACAGCAAAGACGGCUGCGGAAUACCCGAGAACCUCUGGCUUCAACUGACCACUUGGGACAGCGUCAAGGUUCCUGUCGGCACCGUGGUUCCCAAGGCCCACCCGUCACGCUUCACUCCAGGCCCACGAUUGUCCGCCGUGAUCGACAGGAGCCGUAGGGUGCUCCCGCCGCCCAUCGCAGGGCGUCGGUCAAGCACCUCGGAGCCACCGUCAUCGCCAGACGUCUCCACGCUCCGCCGGUCUCUUUCAACUGGAAAUUUGGACACAUUCCUGCGAUCGUGGUCCGAACUCGCCACCGCCACGAAGGGGACCGAGGGGCCAAGACGAGUUUCUUCAUUCCAACGAGAAAAUCUUGCACCCCAGAGCCCUUUCGACUUUGCUCCUACACCACACCUCCGCCCACGCACGUCGCUCCCCUUCAACAUCCUCUCCCCUGUUGCCGAAGAGGAGAGCUUCUUCAGUCCUAUUAGCGCGGUGGUGGAGCACAGUUCAUUUCCCUCUCCUUUCAACCAUGGCGUCCCGCUCGCGGACACAGAUCCUGCGAGGGACCCUACCGAGUUCAUCCCUUCGGUCUUGGACGAACCUCGCGACCCAGACCUCGGCCAUCUUCCAGAAACACCCCUCACUCCGCCACUCGACUGGCCGAUGCCGCGGUACGAAGGGAAGCCUUCAGGCAGCCAACCCGAGCACCUCGAUCCCCUCGAACACCACAUUUUCCUCCCUGCGGGCCUUCUCCCGCCGGACGACGAGUGGGCCCCACUCGCAACAACCACCCUCGACUUCUCUACCGGAAACUCAAUUUGGGCAUGA